AUGGCAGCGGCCCCGUAUCUGUUUCGCAUUCUCUCCGAACCGACCGAAGUGGACCGUCAGAGCUGGGAGAAGUGGUAUUGUUCAGAAAACAUGCCCGACUUAAUCAAUGCAAAGGCGGUGACAAGAGCAGGAUUGUAUGAGGCGUUCAAUGACUAUCCGCUUGCUACAAAGACGCCGAACUUAGUGAGCCAGACGACUCUCCACGAUGUCACAGUCACACACACCGACAUUGAGCCGCCGACUGAGAAGACGUUCCUUGCCAUGUGUCAGGUUGAGGAUCCCACGUUAGCAAAGAAACAACACUUACAGAACAUUGAUCAGUCAGCAUCAUCCCUUGCAGGGAAAUCUGCGAAGUCUUCCGCGCGAUGGGAUUCACGAGUUUACAAGCUCAUCCAGGACUUUGACCCGAAAGGCCUUGGGCACACCCCUGCGCCUUUCAUUCUCAACGUCCAAAUGGAGCCAGCAGAUGAUGACGACUACAACACGUUCUACCGGGAUGAACACUUGUACAUGCUCUCCAAAGUCCCGGGAUAUCGUCGAUCGCAACGCUACCAGUUGGUUUCUUCGGACGAUAUUGACCUGUCAGCAGUCCCCAGAUUCAUGGCGGUCCAUGAAUUUGAAACAUUGGACGCAUUGGACGGACCCGAACUCAGAGAAGCGGAUGCUAGCCCCAAUACUCAUCGGGUCAUUGGCAAUUCCAAAGCAGUGAGUGUUCGGGGGUUCAAACUUUCGAAAGUGUUUGGGGACAUGCGUGGGUAG